AUGGCUUUUGGCGAAAAAAAGUGGUUGCAGAUCAUGAAGUUCUUCUUGAAAUCCAAUGUGGAUCUGAGGGGAUAUAGCAACAAGGUGGAUAACACCCGAAGACGCAUAUUGGCCGUCGAGGGUUUUGGAGCAAAGCCCCCUGCUGAAGGUGCCUCAUUGCGGGCCAGGGUUGACAAAAGCUGCCAGACAAGAAGAGAAACAAGAUUAGACUUUGGGCGAGUGAGAAGCCUGGGUCUAGAAAGACGAGCGCUCACCAAGUCCGAAUCUGAACUGAGGGGCUUUUUCGCCAUCAAGACCUCGUCUGUGAUCCGAAAUCAUGGUCGUAGUCCAACCGUUCGCGGAUUGAAACUAGGAAGGGUUUCUUGCCUUGUCAUUGGCGGCGGCAACAACAAGCUCAGCAACCGAGCCGUUUCCGGCUCCCGAGCUUGA